AUGAAAUUAGGUCAUUUGCACGUAAACCACUUACACCAAACACACUUACAAUCUUCUACUCUCUUCCAACCUCACAUAUCAAGAGUUUCAGCCAUCUCCAUCUCCUCUGAUAACAGUUUAUUCGCCACUAGCUCAAUUAAAGGAACUAUCAUUAGAGUAUACAACUCAAUCACUCUCCAACUCACGCACCAGCUGCGCAGAGGUUCUGAUAUCGCUCACAUUACUUCAUCUUCACUAUCUUUCUCUCCUGAUAACAGACAUCUUGCGUUGAUAUCCGAUAAAUCCACUCUUCACUUGUGGAAUCUAUCAAACGGAUCUCGAUCGAGAUCAACGUCUUUGUUCCAUCUCCCUUCACUUAAUUUACACUCCUCCUUAUCCCCCUUCGUAUCUUCAUCACAGCAAUACGCCCAUUACAACAACUUCCAAGAAUCUUUUGUGCUAGCAUGGGAAUCUAUCAACACUAUCAUCAUAACUUCAACUUUUGGUAGAUUGUUCAAGUUUUCAGUGUCUUAUGAGGAGGGUGAUAAGUCUUCAUUACAACCACUCGACUUUAACAACUUUGUCAGUCUUCUAAGAUCAUAA